AUGGCCGAAGUUAUGAUUUUGGAUGCAUUGCAGGCCUUUCACCGAGAACUGGUGGCCUUGCGAAGCGGCUUUGGAGAUGCAACCGAAAGCCUGAAUAACGAACUACUGGUGCAGACAUUCGAAAAGGAGUUGGAGAAACUGUGGGAAUGCCCUGCCAAAAACGACAAGAGCCGGAACGUGGUUAAGUCAGGGAAACUUUCAAUUGAAGAACAAGAGUUUACCAUCAACGAGAAAUUUCAACAAGACGCGCUUUUAUUGUCCGACGAACUCGACCUCGACGAAAUCGAAGCUGCAAAAUGCCUCCUCGAAUCGCAAGAUGACCCAUCUGUUCUGGGUCGAUCUCUUCUGGAAUGUGGUAUCAUUCGCUUUCACCAACAGCGCAAAUAUACCUUGGACGCGUUGAGGCUACUGCUGGAAUUGGAUAGCGUUGAAGACGAUGCAGAAGAAUCCGGGGCUCUGGAAACCAUCAAGAUGUUUGUCGCGGCCAGGUUGUUUCAAUCGCGAACCGGGGGGGCCAAGCGAUACGUGCCACGUUGCAUGGCAGCCAUGGGGAAGAUUAAAAGCUGGCUACAACGGCUGGCAGACAAGAUUGCUGCCGCGCAAGCUCUGAGUCAAGUCAAGCCCGACCAGCUAUCUGAAGAGGUGGAAACCAUUGAGUUUUCUCGGGUGAGCUUGAUACAGCAGCACGAGCUUUUGGGUGUUGUCCUCUGCCGUCUCGUUGAGAAGAGACAAGCAGAUCUGUCGGAUUUUAUGGACUUUGUCUCUACGCUAAAGAAGUUGGACAAGUACGAUAAUCUUCUUGCACAUUUGGUUCCUGCAAUGGGAGCCUAUAUCUCAGUUUUCGGAUCCACUGAAGGGGGUUAUGAUUUGAUUAAAGUACGAGAGGUGCAUAGCAAGCUCUUUCCCGCCGCAGACGAUUCAACUUGGCCGUUACCACAUUUUCAUGCCGCAUUCAGGGCCUGGUGGCUCGCCGAAUACAGUGGCUUUUACCUUGAUGAUCCGCCUGAGGCAGCUAUUCCCCCAGGAACCGACCUAGACGAAGAAGAUCGCCAGCGAUCGAAACAGUUCCUCGACGCCCUGAAAGAUGGUGCCUUUGACUUUUUGCUCUCAGUUGCUGGAGAUGUUAAACCAGCUGACUGGCACGACUCAGUUCGUGUGGGCAUGCGAAAUUGGCUCACAAGAAAGUCGUCUGCACUAACGGCCGAUUCCGUGCAAUUUGCAGGAUUCUUUCAAUUGUGUCUCAUGUCACAAAUUGAAGUGUUUGUAGAUGCAUUCAUAUCAAACCUUCCAGACGUCUUGAGAAAACUCAGGGUAGAGGAGGACGAGCAAAGACAACUUAGCCAGGCACAUGAGCAAGACCUAGACUUGGAACGAUUCCUCCUUAUCAUCGCUUACUCUUAUGAAGGACGUGCAGAGGCGGCUGCGAACUUCUGGUCAGACCCAGACAGUAAUCUCGCAGGCUUCAUGCAUUGGGCAUCCAGGAGAGCUUCGACGCCCCUGGUCACAGCUUUUUGUGAAAUGCUUCAAGCGAUAGCUGGAAACGAUGAUUGCGCCACGGCUGCGCACGAAUUUCUUCUCGAUGACGGCCACCAAUCUUCAGGCAAAAUGAGAAGAUCUCAGUCAUUGACUUGGACACAGAUCUUUAGAGAGCUGGACUUCUUUUCUGAAAAGAUCAGACAAAAGCCUACAACAACACAGACAUCACGGUACCGCAGUGGUAAGCCGGCGAAUGAACAUGUCGAGACAGAGCCGGAAUCGGCCAUGAUGCUUGAGUGUUAUCUACGUCUAAUGGCCAAGCUUGCUACUGAGAGUGAAACUUCGCGGCUAUUUUUACUUCAAAAUGCAAACUACAAUUUGGUCGACGUGCUGUACGAAUUAGCUAGCAGUCCAGUUCCCCCGAGACUUCGCGGAUGCGUUUUCAUGGCACUCAAAGCUCUCAUGUCUAGGAAAACCAUACAAGAAAGCCACACAAUGUGGACGUGUCUGGAAAAUUGGAUCACUGGUGGUUAUGCAGGACCUGUUGCAGGACCCCUGAGACAAGCCCAACCCGCGCCUCUCAUUUCGAUGGAUAGGAUCCUGGAUGAAAUGAGCAGUGGAUUCGAAGAUCCAGAAUCGUUCGUUCAGCUGCUGUUGUCACUUGUUUCACCGGCAAUAGACAGUAGUCCCUUGAAUGACAGUCUACCAUUUCCCGAAACCCUGGGUUCAAAUUCACGAAAUCCUGGCGUCGAGGUAUAUGUUGACUUCGUGAUGGGAUUGGUUUUCGCAAACAAAGCACAGGAGCUGCAGGACAAACACCAGUUGCGCGUGCUGAGGCUAAGUUGUCUUGAUUUUAUGCUGACUUGUUUGUCGACAUUCAAUGAAGAUUUGAUUGUGAUUGCAAACGAAACCACAAUCAUGAUUGACUCCGUCAUCUCGACCACCGAUCUUGCAACCUACGUUCGGAAGCAUCCGUUUGCGAGGGUCAUGGAAUGGAUGUUCAAUGACAAGGUCAUGACGGCACUGUUCAACACAAUUCACCAAGAACCUGCGGAUGUGGGCAAUGCCGCUCCUGACUCGCCCUUAAUUCUCGGUAUAUUAAGAGCCGUUGAAGUAAUUUCCAAGGUUCUUGACCUGGAGGCGACGUAUCUUGAUUUAGUGAGACCGCUCAUCAAAACACAACCCGGAGCUAGACGCCAACCUGUUACCAAUGCACCAUAUGCCUCUUUCCAAGAUGGGCUUGUCACUAGACUGAAUCUUGUUGUGGACCUUGGAAAUUACUGCGGCAUCGGACACCCAGCUCUUACCUUGGCCUGCCUCAAACUUCUGGAGAGAAUGUCCUCAUCAUCAAAGAUUACAGCAACUUGGUCAGGGUCUGGUCGCCAAUCGCACCGUAACAAAGCCAUUGUGGCCAUGGAAGCAAAUGGCGAACAUGAAUCGAUUUCAAGAUGCUUUUCGUCGGAGCUCAUGGCGCCACUAGAAGCUGGACGUGAGGCGGAUUCCCCAAACUACAUUACGAAAAUCUAUAUCCUAGAUUUCCUCCUUCAGUGUCUCUCAACGACUCCAAAGGAACCAACUAUUGCGCAUUUGCUUCUUGGCUUCAAGUGUGGCGUGGACUCGGUCACGAUUGAAAACAAUAGUGCAUUUUCAAAUCAAACAUCUUUGUUCCACACACUUCUUCGACUGUUAAUGGAAAUCCCGUCUGGAGAUGCAGAGGGCAUGAGACAAUGGCUAAUUGCGAUCAAGUCAAGGGUGAUGCGUAUUCUCCACAUUCUUUGGGGCUCACCUCUUUCGGCGCCUUGGGUGAUUAAUGACCUGAGAGAAAAUGAGUUCCUGUUCCACCUUCUCAUCCGCGAAACAGUCAUUCAGCCUGAACUGCCUUGGGAAGGCCAGAAUGUAGCAACAUUACAUUUCCCCGUUACCGAUGGAGCCUCUACCCUCGUCGAUUUCCUGACAAUAAGAAGCUUGACGCUGGAAUAUAUGGCCAUGGAGUUGUGUAUGAUUUCUCAAGGUCGAAUUCCUAGCACAAAGCGACGGAUUUUCGAGGCUCUGAAUGGACAAGUCACAGGAGACGGCAACCAAGUCAUACAAACACCAACUGUGUUUGACUUGUUCGAUUUCCUACUCCCGGAAGGGAUCUGGGAUUUCCCGCCUCCUCCGAUCCAGUUUUACAAAGACGUGGAUAUCACCAUCUGCGUGGAAAAUGAUGCUGACGGAAAUGCCAUUCACAACAUAGAUCGCGUCAAGGAGAUUCUUCUCUUCAAACGUGGAGAAUCCCAGAGCCAGGGUAGCGUGAUAUCUGUUCAAGACCUUGCUAUCAUUGAAAGGGAAGAAGGGAUGAUUAUUGAAUACCUCGUUUCGAAUAACCGACAGAAGCAGAUCGCGACCCAAUGUCUGAGAGUGCUGAGGUCAUGGACGCGGUUGUUACUCGUCAUGAUUGAGUGCAAUGAUUUCAAAGGCACAGCUCAGACAUCAUUUUUCCUUCAGGCACUCCAAGCUGUGCUCCCUAGCCUCGAAGCAUUUGCUUCAGACCGACCAAAGGAGGCUCUAGAGCUGGCGAAACUAGCCCGAGUAUUGCUGUUCAAACUCGACUUGGGCAGCCAAGACAUGUCAGAUAAGCACAGCGGGUCCAUUGGCAACCUGGUGAGCGACAAACUUUACCAACUAUUUCAGAUUUGUCUGCAGGCAAUUGGGAAGUGGGCCGGCACAGCCGAACUCCGGUCAGUCUAUUAUGAGAUCUGCUACCGAUAUCUCACCGGCAUGUCUGAGCAGGGUGCGCUGAGCCCAACCCGCCCCAAAACAACAAAGACUAUUCAGGUGUACGGCGAGAGGCUGAUCAACGUGAUUUGCGACGAUGCUUAUUGCGGCGAGCCGACAUAUCAGGCGUCAGCCCUUGUUCUUCUAAACUCUCUCGUCAAUGUUGGCCGACAUGAAAACGACAGUCAUGUAAUCGAGACCCUCAACAAGCUCAACUUUAUUGGUAUCCUGGUCGAUUCCCUUCGCAACAUCAUGCAAGAAUGGCAAGACGCCUACACAGCUGGCCACACGGAUCAGCAAAACUACCAAAACGCCCGUCUUGCGCUGCUCCUCCAAAUGGCCCAAUCCCGCCACGGCGCCAAAUACAUCCUCUAUGCCAACCUCUUCCGCGCGAUUGACACUAGCGGUCUCUUCACGGCCGACCCUGAGCUGCAGAGUGAUGUGCAAAACUCGCGUGCCCUGGAGCAGCACUAUGACCUCUUGGCAAAAGUCGUUCGUAUCAUUGGCGCCGCCCUCCUCAGCAGGGGAAGCCAUAACAUUGUCCAGGGGCGCAAAUUCCUCACCGACCACAGGAUGCUGGUGACGCAUACACUCAAGAGAAGUGCUGGCAUCGGCGGGGGUGCGGGCAACGAGGCACUGGAUGAGAAGAUUAGCGACCUUGCCGAUGGGCUCAUGGUUGUGAUUGCCGCGACUGGCUUCUUGGAGUAUGAGAACGAAUCCGUAGUUGAGUCGAUGAAGCCGAAUCAAGCACUGUUCCAUUAA